AAAUCUUGUCAGAUAGUAAGUGGAGUAAGGCAGUGUCUGGAGUACUGAGAAAGGCAUAUCUGACUAGACCAUGACUUCUAAUGGGCAAGACACAAAUGUGGCAUCCCCAGAGCAUGGGGAGGAGCAGAAUGUCCUGAAGAGGGUGGCCAGUCUCCCUGUGGUCAGCGCUGCCUGUGAUCUGGCUGCCACAACCUACACCUCCACUAAGGAGAGCCAUCCCUAUGUGAAGUCUCUCUGUGACAUGGCCGAACAGGGAGUGACCUCCCUAACCAGUGUUGCAGCCAGCAGUGAACAGCCAGCUCCACCUGCACUUGAGCCUGAGGAGGCAACAGGAAUGGAGUCGGCUUCUGAAGUCCCAGAGCAAGUGGAGGAGACGCUACCAACCCUUCAGCAGACAGCUGAGAAGGCCAUGUCUGACACACAGGAGCUGGUAUCAUCCAGACUGACAGAUGUCAAGGAGAGCAUGAUCAGAGUGGUGGACAUGACCAAGGAGGCCAUGCAGGAUGGUAUGAAGACCACCAGAUCAGUGGUAGCAGAGGGCAUGAGCACUGUUGUGGAAUCGAGAAUGGGCCAACUGGCCAUAAGUGGGAUGGAAGCCAUGCUGGAGAAGUCUGAAGAGCUCUUGGAUCACUAUCUUCCCAUGACUGAGAAUGAACUAGCGGAACUUGCGGAAUCCGUGGAAGGGGCUGAAGUGUCUGCGGCACAACCACAAGAGCAUCGCAGCUACUUUGUGCGUCUGGGUUCCCUGUCCACCAAACUCCGCCAGCGCGCCUACCGCUAUUCCCUGGACAAGAUGAGACGCACCAGCCACAGCAUCAGUGAGGCGCUUUCCCAGCUUCAACAAACCAUGGGACUGAUUGAAUACAUCAAGCAAGGUGUCAAACUUCAAGAUGUCCAGGAGAAGUUCCAGCACAUGUGGCUGAACUGGAACAGAAAUCCUCCACAAGGCACAGAGAUGACAGACUUGGCCAACCCUGAGAUGGAGUCUGAGACUCUGGCCAUGUCCCGCAGCAUUCUCCAGCAGCUGCAGGAUGCCUGCCGAGUGCUAGUAUCCAGCAUUCAAGGUCUCCCCACCAACCUUCAGGACAAGGUGCAACAGGUGUCUCGCAAUGUGGGAGAGCUCCAUGCUUCCUUCUCCACUGCCCAUUCCUUCCAGGAUCUCUCCAGCAGCCUCCUGACCCAGAGCCAGGAGAUGGUGACCAAGGCCCAGGAAUAUGUGGAUGAGCUGAUGGCAUAUGUGAUGCAGAAUACACCUCUGUCUUGGAUUGUGGGACCCUUUGCCCCAUCAGGGAAGGGCUCUGCAGAUUCCCUGGAACCACAAAAUCAGGAAACUGAAACUAAGAAGGCAGAAGUUGUAACAGCAUCAAAGUCUGAGGAUUCAUGAGCUGAAAACACAAUUUCAACUUGGAAGCCUGAGGGCAGACUUCCUCACUGUUCAUCUCCUCUACUUUAAUUUGUACUAGUCUAUUUACACUUUGCUAGUACUAGUAGCUGCUGUAGUAGUAGCUGCUGUACCGAGAUCUAACUCCUGGCAGCAACAAAUCACUCCAUCUAGAAAGGGAUAUGACUAAUCUACUUCAACUGGCUACCUGUUCUGUGUCGUGGUUGACAUGAGAAAUCAGAGGGAAGCAUUGUAACAGUGG